AUGUCCUUCGACCGCGCCUUUGACGUCAGCGAAGGCAUCGAAGUGCGCUCCGCCGGCGCCGGCCGCGGCGAGGGCCUUUUUGCGACGCGGCCGCUGCCACGCGGCACGGUGCUCUUCCGAGAGCGCCCACUCGUCGCGAUGGCUGAGCCGGGCCGUGCCCGCGUCGAGACGUGCGAGCGGUGCUGCGCCUUCCUCGGCCCGCUCGAGCGGCAGCUCUGCGCACUGCUCCCGCGCACCGAUUUGCGGGCGCUCCGGCACGCCCGCGCCACCAACCCAAUCUUUCUGCUCGCCGCAAAGUCUGCCGCCGCUGUGCUCCGCCGCCUCGCGGCCGGCGACUCGCCCGACGCCGCCAUGGCGCCGUACCCCGGCCCUGCGUGGGAGGACGCAGUACCGCCGCCGCCAGGCGCCGACGCGGCCGCGUUCCGCGAGACGCUUCGCAAGCUUCUCACGCAGUCGUGGCUGCUGCUCUGCGCCGUCCUCGCGCCGCACACGCCCGCCGCCGCCUCCUCCUCCUCCUCCGCCGCCGCCGCCGCCUCCUCGUGCAUGUUUGCGAGCGCCGCGCUCUACUCCCGGAUCGUCGGCUCGUUCGAGCGCCGCAAUUGCUCAUUGGCGGAGUACUUCCUCGCGGUGGAUGCGAUGCCCGACGGCGAGGCGCGGGCGGCGGCGGAGGCCGUGACCCGCCCGCUGCUUGAGUCGCUCGGCUCGCGCUACCGGACGCACUGCGAUGCUGUGAACGGCGUCUCUUCACGGCUGCAGCUGUGA